CUAGACCGUCGAUCGCUCUGAUUAGAACUUUCUCGUUUUCUUGGAUUCGUCGUGAGACCGAAAGAUAAUUCCAUGGUUUGGGAUCCAGAAGCUGACAUUUCAAAACAUUGAUAUCUCUCGAAGGGUUUCACAGUACAGUUUUCGGCGAAGCACGUAUUAAAAAGCCGUAAUCACUGUAAUGGAGAAGCCAUCUCCGGGCGAUGCAGUAAAUUGUGUUGGUUUUAUCAACGAGAGCCAGCAUGAAAUCAAUCUAGAAGACGAAGGACCUCCCAAACAAGCCAGCGACGAUAUGCAUGCCAGCCAGAGGCCGUCGGCAGAAAGCGAGCGUCGCAUGCAACGCAGAAUGGGGGUUUCAGCUGAAGAUGCACCCUAUGACAUCACUUACCAUCCUGGGCGAGUUCAAUUCUAUGCUCCUCCCAUGCAGCGUCAACGAUGGGGUGAAACUCAGGUUCUCCCUCGAGUGAAUUGGGGGGACUUGUUUUUUGAUCUGUUUUACGUUGCUGCUACGUACAACGUUUCCAAUAUUGUUAUACAGCAGCCAGACAAGGAAGGUUUGCUGUAUGCCGCUGGUACUUUUCUUCCUGUGAUGGGAUUCUGGAUGGACAAGACGUCGUAUGAUGCGCGAUUUGUCAAUGGAGAUGAUUUAUUCCAUCGAGUGUAUCAAACGUUGAUGCUCUGCAUCAUCGCACUAGCUAUUUUGCACAUUCGACCGGUAGAGAUCAUGUCGAAUUCCUCAGAAAACAGUAGCAUGCUUGUCUUUUGCGCAUGUCUUGUCAUCGAGCGCAUUCUCGUAAUCGGUCUGUACGCAGAUAUUUACUACUGUGGAGUUGGGCAACGAGUUAUCAAAAAAGCUGCGUUCGACCAGAUUUGCCGCAUGCUCAUUCCAGGUCUUGUGUACGGCAUUGGAGCCGUGUUAGCAGGAAUAGAAUACUUCGGCAGGGAUACAAGUGCAAGUACAAGAGAUUUGGCCGAAGUUGACAACGAGGUCAACAGUGCUACGGAAGAUUCUACUUUCCAAGAAGCGGGGCCCAACUUUACAAGAAACAUUCCAAUCUUAUUGUGUCUUCUUGGCCAUGUUGGAUUUGUUUUGGCGUUGAUUGUCUGGAUCACUUUUUUCUUCCCGGCGGGUGGUCGGCACAAAGAAAUCACCGUCCCUUUGAAUAUAGCGUUUGUGAUUCACAGAAACGGAGAGUGGAUAAUGCUUAUGCUCGGGGAGUCAAUUUUCAGCAUUUUGAUUGUUGAUAUUCCUGACGAAGGGUCAGAUUUUUAUAUCACAUUUUAUUCUGGGAUUUUACUGGUGAUUCUGCUCCAGAUCCUUCACUUUCGAUCCCAACCACACGACCCCAAUGUUCAUGCUAUGCGCAGACACAAAAACGCUGGUAUCUUAUGGAAUGCAGUGAAUCAGAUCUACUCGUGUGCUUUGGUGUCACUGGGAGCAGCGUUUACUUUCUUUUUGACUAACUUCGAGCUUGAUAGCUCCUACAGUCGACAACUGGCUGAGGGCGGGAGUGGUCUUUCUGUAGAGGAAGCUGAGGAAAAAGCCGCCCAUAUAUUCUGCGGCUCCCUCAGUAUUGUCUUUCUCUCCCUAGAUGUUAUGGAAGUUCUUCACCUUGGUGUCGACGAGAGCAAGGAUCGCUGUUUGUGUGAACAAAGGCGAACCUACAAUGGCAAAGGAAUUGCACUACUGGCGGCUCGCAUUGGACUUUUAGUCUUUACUGGAACUCUAAGCCAGUGGGUAACGGGGGCGGAGGUUUUAUGCUGUAUUGUGGCGUCUUGUGUUCUAAUGCAGCUACUUCUUCGUAAGCUGGGAGCAAUGUAUUUGAUACAUCAUCAAAUCUCCGACAUCCCGGAAAAGUAA